GUCGACCAAGCAUCUUCUGGGGCUGCCAGAGUUAGCGGGAAACCGGCGGCUGUUCGGCUAAAACGGACAGUAAUUAGACCUUAAAGAAUUACUUGUUUUCUUUUUGUUAAAGCAACAUUUUAUGUUAUCAGUCGAUGCUAAGUCGUUGUGGCCACAUAUGCUACAGUGACAAGCCUUAAACUUCUCGACUUUUCACGACUGCGCCUCUGGCCCUGACGCUAACAUCUGACGUUAGCUGGAUUAUCACGCUGGCUAACAGAGACAUUGUGCUUCAUGCGGCUAGGCACAAGAGGAAAAAAUACUGCAGAGACAAAGGGCUGUGGUUGUCAGUCAUCAGAAGAGACGUGCUGAAAUGAGUCUGUUCAAUUUAGACCGAUUUCGUUUUGAGAAAAAGACUGCGGACAAAGACCAGGUGUGCGGGUCCAAAAGUCCAGAGUCUGAAAAGGAGAACAAGCCAGCCAAGAUGAAACCAGUCAAAGCGUCAAACAAGUCGCAUGCAAGAGGAGUGGUUUUUGAGGAAGCCACAUCUGUGGACUUGGAAGAAGAUGAGGUCUUAUCGGAACCAAAGACAAAAUUAUUAUUAACCAAGAAAUCUCACUCCCUAAAAAAGGCACCGAAAGAUGAUACAGAUGAGGACAACAAGUUGGAUGAGAAAAUUAACAGACUGCUGGAGAUGUUUCCCCAACUGUCAAGGACUCAGCUACUGGAGGUCACUGGAAAUACAAGUACUUUGGAUGGGGCUGUAGCUGCCUGUCUUCUAAGUUUUGGUGAUAAAGAAGCUCCAAGUCAAGGCCAGAAGAGAAAACAGGAUGGAUCGUGUUCUUCUCAGGACAAGGGUGAGAUUCAGCUGAGCAAGAAGCAGAGGACAUCAGUGGUCUCUGAAGAAGAAGAUGAGGGCAAAGAGCCUAGCUGGGAGAAACAAGAGGCCAUGGUCAGAAAACUUCAAAAAAGGUUUCCCGAUCAGGACAAAGAGGAGCUUCGGAUGGUGCUGCAGGAGCAUGACUGGAAUGUUGAAGAUGCUCUGCAGGUUCUGCAGAUGUUCUCAGACACAGACAAUACAAGUUUUGAAUCAUCAGAUGAAAAUAAAUUGAAGAGCAAGUCAUCCAGAAAUGAUGAAGAGGUCAACCACAAACAUAAUGAUGGUGGCACUAAGGGGACAGAUCGUAAGGAUUCAGAAAAGCAGGAAAGUAGUAGUGACUCGGAUGCAACAUUGGACAGUGAAGAUGAACCAGAACCAGACGGAAGCCAAAUUUCCAAAGUUAAAGGUUGCACUUUCACUCUUUCUUCGUGGAUUACAAAAAACACUGGUCCAGUGCCUUCAUCAUCUUCUGAGAAGCUGGCCUCUACCUCUACCUCCCAGAAACCAGCCUCUUCCUCCUCAGUCUCCCAGACCUUGUCCAGAUUUUCCAGUGAGACCAGUAAAGCCCAGAAGCUGGCAGCGGAGAGAAAAAUGAAGGCACGGGCCUCAGCUCAACCCGUCAGCUCUGAGGAGGAAAAUGAUGACGAAGAGGACGCCGUUUCAACAGACUUUGAGGAUUCAGAUGAUGAGCUAGAAGAUGAAGAUGCCAUGACGGGUGCAAAAAAGGAGAUGCUGGGUUUCUUCCAGGAUGCAUCUAUAGAUGAGCUGUCACUGAUCUCUGGAUGUUCUGUGAAAAAGGCACAGAAGAUCGUGGAACUGAGACCUUUUGAAAGCUGGUCAAGCCUGUGGGAAGUCUUCCAUAAGGAAAAUGGACUUUCAAAAGACUUGCUGAUAGGAUGCAAAGUUGUUCUCAAGGAGCGGAAGGUUGUCCUGGGUUUAAUGUCCAAAUGUGAAACUAUUUCUUCAAAAAUGGUCAAACGGGUCACUGGGGUGAUGGAGAGUGGAACAGGUUUCACAAAACAGCCCAGUUUACUCAACAGCCAGUUUGAGCUUAAGCCCUAUCAGCUUAUUGGUCUAAAGUGGCUGAUGCUUCUACACGAACACAAACUGAGCGGUAUCCUCGCAGAUGAAAUGGGAUUGGGGAAAACUAUCCAGGCCAUAGCUUUUCUGGCCCAGCUUUAUGAGAACGGAAUAGAUGGCCCACACCUCAUUGUCGUUCCUUCCUCUACACUUGAUAACUGGGUUAGAGAGCUGAAAUUGUGGUGUCCAAGCCUCAAUGUGCUUAUUUAUUAUGGAUCUGUGGAAGAACGCCGUUACCUCAAGUAUGAAAUCCUCAAUAGGGAUGUUGAGUUCAACGUCAUUGUGACUACGUAUAACUUGGCAAUAGGCAACGACAGUGACCGCAGCCUUUUUCGGAAACUUCCUCUGAAGUAUGCCAUAUUCGAUGAAGGCCAUAUGCUGAAGAACAUGAACUCUCUCCGCUAUCGCCACCUCAUGUCUAUUAAUGCAGAACAUCGCCUGCUGCUGACUGGAACUCCUUUGCAGAACAAUCUUCUGGAGCUGAUGUCUCUCUUGAACUUCAUUAUGCCCUCUAUGUUUUCCAGCUCCACAACGCAGCUCUCUAAAAUGUUCUCUAUGAAAUCCUAUGAAGAACAAAGCCGUUAUGAGAAGGAUCGCAUUUCUCAGGCCAAACUCAUUAUGAAACCUUUUAUCCUGCGCAGACUCAAAAGUGAGGUUCUUAAGCAGCUGCCAGCAAAAGAAGAGAAGACGGAGUUCUGCUCUAUGAGUGAGAAGCAGCAGGUUCUCUACAAGAGCCUCUUUAAAAAGCUAAAGGCUUCCACCAAUGGAGAGAAGCGCGAGUUGUGUAAUGUGAUGAUGCAGCUGAGGAAAAUGGCCAACCAUCCCCUGCUUCACAGGCAGUACUACACCACAGAAAAGCUCAAAGCCAUGAGCAAACUCAUGCUCAAGGAGCCAACACACUUUGACGCAGUGCCCGCUCUGAUUCAGGAGGACAUGGAGGUCAUGUCUGACUUUGAGCUUCACCGCCUGUGUCAGCAGUACUCCUCCAUCAGCUCCUACCAGCUCGGUAAUGAGGUCCUGCUGGACUCUGGGAAGUUCCUCCACCUCACAGAGCUGCUGGCGUCCCUAAAAAACAAGGGAGACCGAGUGGUGUUAUUCAGCCAGUUCACCAUGAUGCUGGACAUCGUGGAGGUGCUGCUGAAGCAUCUCAAGCACCGCUAUGUGAGGCUGGACGGGUCCACGCCCAUAGCCGACAGGAUUGUGUUGAUAGAUGAGUACAACACAGACCCCGAAAUAUUUGUGUUCCUGUUAUCAACGCGUGCCGGUGGGCUCGGCAUCAACCUUACCUCAGCAAACGUCGUUAUCCUUCACGACAUCGACUGCAAUCCUUACAACGACAAACAGGCAGAGGACAGAUGCCACCGGGUUGGCCAGACAAGGACUGUACAGGUGAUUAAACUCAUCAGUAAGGACAGCAUAGAGGACUGCAUCCUUCAGCUGAGCCACAAGAAACUGAAACUGGAGCAGGACAUGACUGCAGCUGAUCAGAGUGGUGAGGGGACCAUACCUGAAGAUAUGGCAUCUUUGCUCAAAGCCUCACUGGGACUGUGAUACAUAAACCCAUCCAGCUUGAAAGUGAACUCAUGUAUUUUAAGGCACCCUUGAGGUUCUGGAUAGACUUGAGAGUUCUAAGUGGAUACACAUGUUUGUGUCUAAACUAGAGGACUACUGCAAACCAUAUACUGCCAUGGGGAAAACUAGCAUGGUAGCUGUGCCUAAAACCCUUUUGUCAUAUUUUUAUUUUAACAAGCACACAGUUUUUGAACACGAGCCGAGUCGGUGUAUUAUAGCUAAAGAAAAAGCAUUGCCUUCUAAAGGCUAUGUGAAGUUCAUGAACUGCAGGAACAGAAACCGUUAAAGCGGUAUGUGCUAAAUUCGCAUAACCAGUACAGAUUUCUGUUUUCACACUGAUAAGAUGGCACUCUGAAAUUUAGGCAAUAUUUUCUUGACAGAACAGUACUUGCAAGCUCUUUGUUUAGCAUCUUUUGUCAUUCCUUCCAAUUAUUAAAAAAAGUGUUCACAUUUUUCUUACCUCUGUCAGCCACUGGCGCAUACUAGGUUGGAGAAAUAAAUUAUAUAUUGGAUUUCGGUCCUUUUAUUUCAAUUGGAAUUUAUCAUUGAAGACACGUAGUUUGUUUUUGUGUCAGUGUUCCCUUUAAAUUGUUGAGUAAAAUGUGACUUAAUGAAUACUUUAUAAGUAGAGCGGUGCUUGAAUUUUUUUUGUUGUUUUUUUUGGCCAUUAAUACUCCUUGAGAUAUCUGAAGUGAGUGGACAGAGUAUUUGAGAGCAGCUGUUGCAUUUGAUAUAGUGAAAAAGUGACCAAUGUGGUGUAAAUGUUCCAGUGUUACUGUAAAAGUUUUUACAAAGUCCUUUGUAUGUUUUUUUUUCAGGUUCAUGUUUGAACUAAAUAAUAAAAAAUUGGAAUAGAUA